CGGACUAUCAACAACAUGAGCGACGCAACGCUAAGCUCGAAAUAACCCCCCGUUGAAAUACGGGUUCCCAUUUACCUGUCAGAGUGUGAUGAGGAUUUAAAUUAAUACUCUUGACUUUUUAUCCACGAUACCUGCACACAUUUUAAAACUGAGAGCAUGCCAGCGUUGGCUAACUUAACUCUCAUAUUAAAGUUAGCUUGCCCGUUGGCGCUCAUCAGAUAGCAGAAGUCCUCGCCCUUCAGUAUUCACAAGGAGUGUAAAUUAACACUUGCUGGACUUCAUAACCAUCAUGGUGCUGAAGAUUUUCUUCCCGCAGUGCUGCAAUACUGCUGACAGUGGCCUGCUGGUUGGGCGCUGGAUCCCAGGUCACAAUUCUGCUGUCGUACUGGCUGUCAUUCACUACCCUUUCAUACCAGGUCAGGUGAAGAAAUACUUAAAUGAGAUGCAGAGCCAGACACAAUUGGGACUUACAGUCCUGGGCUCAUGGAGUAUGCCAAAAGAAGGUCAAGAAGCAAUGGACAGCUUUCUUAAGGACCUGAGUAGCAUCUUUCCGCAGAAAUGCUGGCUGCAGUUGAGUCGCGAGAUCGGGAAAAGGGGCUUUACUUGUCAGGUGGUCCAAGAUAACGGGAAACUCUUACCUGAUCAAGACCAAAAGAAUGAAAACGGUGACUGCAUGAAGGAUAAAAUCACCCUCAUUCAUUAUGACCAGAGAAAGGUUAUGUUGUCCCAGCUUCACCCUGUGCAAGAGGUUAAAGAGAAGUCUGACACUGAGCCCUCAGAGCUGCGUCUGGUCUUUCAAACAGUAGCUGAGAGUCAGCCUCUGUUUUCACAAGACAAAUAUGACGAUGGACCUUUAAAGCUCACACACUGGCAGUCUGAAGGCAGGGAGGCUAGUAUAAUUGUAGAACUAUUAAAACAACUAUCUAUACCAGUCUGUGUCCUCCUAACCUGGUUGCUUUCUCUGUGGCAAUGUUUUUGGAGCUUUAGGAUUUUUAAUAUAAGCCCAGUGCUCUUCAUCUCAAGCAAACUGUCAACUUGUGUUCAGUCUGGAUACAGGGCGGGGAAUUUUGCGACAGUUUUCUCUACUAAACAGGCUGCAACACACAAGGAUUUCAUGAGAAAAGCAAACAUCUUAGUGUCAUUUCUUGUGGACAUAGCCCUCGGUUUGCUGCUUAUCUCUUGGCUUUACAGGGAGAAUCGCAUUAGCAAACUAGCCAAUACUCUAGUACCCGUGGCUGACCGUGUUGCUAAAGAGUUGCAAGAGCUGUUAGAAUGGCUGAUGGGAGCUCCAGCUGGUCUGAAGAUGAACCGAGCUCUGGAUGAGGUCUUGGGGAGGUUCUUCCUAUAUCACAUUCAUCUGUGGAUCAGUUAUAUCCACCUGUUGUCUCCUUUUAUUGAGAGGAUACUGUGGUAUGUUGGCCUUUCAGCCUGCUUGGGAUUGACCUUUGCUCUCUCCGUACUGUCUGACAUAGUGGCCCUUCUGACUUUCCACAUCUACUGUUUUUAUGUGUAUGGGGCCAGACUUUACUGCCUUAAAAUCUAUGGCCUCUCUUCCUUGUGGCGACUCUUCAGAGGGAAAAAGUGGAAUGUACUCAGGCAGCGGGUUGACUCGUGUUCGUAUGACCUAGACCAGUUGUUUAUUGGUACUUUGCUCUUUACGAUUCUGCUGUUCCUGCUUCCCACCACUGCGCUGUAUUACCUUGUCUUUACUCUGUUGCGGCUGGUGGUCGUGCUGUUUCAGGGAGUGAUUCAUCUAAGCAUUGACUUCAUCAACUCCUUCCCCCUGUUUGCCAUUGGUCUACGUAUUUGUAGACCAUACAGAUUGGCAGAGGGAGUUAAAUUCAAUGUGCUUUGUGAGGAGCCUGGAACUGCUCUUCAUCUGAUGAUGGAGAUCAACCCAAUAAAGUGCAGCUCUGUGCUGCAGUGCUACAGGGCACCUACAUACAGCUGUUACCCUAAAGAUUCCUGGGCAGCUCUGUGCAAAAAACUGUUUGUUGGAGAACUAAUUUACCCCUGGAGGCAGAAAAAGAAUGAAAAAACUGAUUAAUCUUGAUAAAACAUGUAGAAAGACUCAUGCUUGAACAAAGAGGAUGCUGGGAGAAAAUUGUGUCAUUCCAGUUUCAAAUAUUCAAGAUAUUUUAAAGGAGACACCCCAAUAUAGUUACAUAAUGUAAGCACAGAUUAAAGAUCAAAAAAAUUAGAUUUUUAAAAUAAUUUAAAACAGUUUUGCAUUAAUUAUAUAAGUCGUCAUAUUUUCUUUUUUUCUAAACAUUAAUCUGAAUAUUUGAUUAAAAGUGUGUUUUUUGUAUUUAUUUUUCAAGUAGACUCUACUAAUUUUUGUAUAAAAUUGAAGAUGGGCCAUUAAAAAACAAUUGUAUUAAUAUACCUUUAACUGUUAAAGGAAAACACCACCGUUUUUCAAUAUUUGACUAUGUUCUUAUCUCAACUUACAAAAUAACAAAUUAAUAAAUCCCUAUCUUUUUUCAAUGCGUGCAUUUUAAACAGGCCUUGUAAAUGUGUUAGCAUUUAGCCUAGCCCCAUUCAUUCCUAUGGCUCCAAACAGGGAUGAAUUUAGAAGCCAUUUUAAAUUUUCCCUAUUUGAAGACUGUUACAUGAGUAGUUACACGAGUAAGUAUAGUGGCACAAAAUAAAACUUUUGUUUGGAGCCAUAGGAAUGAAUGUGGCUAGGCUAAAUGCUUACACAUUCAAUAAACACUUUACAAAGAUUAAAAGUGCACGCAUUGAAAAAAGAUAGGUAUGUAUUAAUUGAUCUAAGUUGAGGUAAGAAACCGAUCACUGACUGUAUCAAAACCAUCCAUAGUCCUUGAUAUGAACGUCAAACUGUUGACCUUCCUCUUCCAUUUCUCUGUGGUGUCUCAAAAUGGUUCUCAUUAGCUCACUAACUGUAUGUGAUCUGUCCUGAGCCAGUUAAAAUGUAAUCGCUGUUAUAAAUUUGUUAGUGAAAAUGGGAACAUAAAUCUAAACUUUGUGAAACUGACACAUUUUUUAUAAAAUACAGAAUUAUUUGAAUAAGAACCACUUACAUCAGUGUUGCCAAAUCAUUUUUUUAGUGAAUGAUUAGUAUAAUGUAAUUUUUAAUAAUUUAAUUUUUAUAAUUCCAGAUGAUCAUAAUAAAAAAUGUGUUUGUUGUUAUUUUGAACUACCUGAUUUUACCUCAAUAAAUUGUCAUUUAAUUAAA